GAUACAUCCAACACAACACGAAAAUCAAGUGUCAACUUUGCGUGAAAAAUGGCAAAUUGCCCGAGGAUAUAUGAUAAUUUUACCGUCAGAAGUCACGCAAGAUGAUCCACAGGAUGUUCCUUACGUAGAUAACGACCAGCUGCGCUUCCGGACUCCAUUUUAAGUUACGUGACAGAUUAUGGCGACCAUGUUCGCCCAGCCUGGACCGUCGGGAAUAGGCACGACGGCGGAACGUAAGAUCUCGGCCUCCUCGCUACGCAGAGAACCGACCUCCGCUACGCAGGUCCAUGCAGCUGCGGUAAACGGAGACAAAUCCAUGCUGCAGAAACUCAUAUUCGCUAACCCAGAACUGAUAGACAGUGGAGACCAGUUUGGCAGGACCCUGAUGUACUGUGUACUGGCAGACAGACCAGAGUGUGCAGAAACUCUACUGAAGACUGGAGCUAACGUCAACAAAAAAGACCAGGGGGGAAGGACUGCACUGCACUUAGCUGCACACAGGGGAAACUUUCGAUGUUUGAAACUGAUGAUUUCAAAGGGUGCCAACUGGAGAGAGAGAGACAAGGAGGCAGUCACAGCCUUACAUCUGGCUACUAAACACAAGAGUCCCAAACUGGUGGCCUUGUUGUUAAAACAGAUGGAGCCGGGGGAUGUGGACAUGCAGGAUGAAAAUAAAAGAACUGCUCUGCAUUGGAGUGCUUCAUAUGGAAAUGCAGAACAUGUCAAAACACUCAUCAAGCAUGACUUUAACAUUGGCAUCCCAGAUACAGCCGGUAAAACUCCCCUGCACUGGGCAGCUAGCAGUAAGGACCCCUCCGCUGUACAGGCUGUCAAGUACCUACUGGAGGCAGCCCCAAGUGUGAUAAACUGGCAGGACUAUGAGGGUCGGACGGCCCUACACUUAGCAGUGGCUGAUGGCAAUGAAAAAGUAGUGGAUGUGCUGACAUCACUUGAGAAGUGCAAUGUAACAGCACUUGACAACAUGUUCAGGACUGCACUACACUGGGCAGCAGUGUUAGGUUACCACAAGAUAGUGGAUCUCUUGUUAAGAAGAAAUGCAGACUACAGCAGUUCUGACUCUAAUGGUGCCACACCACUUCACUAUGCAGCACAGAACAACCAUGCAGAAACAGUGAAAGUGUUCUUCUCCCAUGAGCAAGUCAAGGACGAACCUGACAUUGAAGGUCGCACAGCUCUCAUGUGGGCUGCUGGGAAGGGUGCUGAUGAUGUCAUCAGAGUUAUGCUGGACAACAACGCAGACAUCCACGCAGCAGACAAGACAGGAGGAACAGCGCUCCAUGCCGCAGCGCUGUCUGGACAUGCGCAGUCUGUCAAACUCUUACUGGAUCAUGGUUCAUCAGUGAACGUGGUAGACAUGUUAAACUUGACCCCACUGUUCCGUGCCUGUGAGAUGGGUCACACCGAGGUGGUGCAAGUGUUGGUAGAGGGGGGUGCCAACAUUGACCGAACUGACAGGGAUGGAAGAUCACCCCUGCACUGGGCGGCACUGGGAGGCCAUGCCCACAUUUGUCAACUGCUGAUUCAGAGCGGACGAAACCCUGACGUCAAAGACAAAUCCGGCCGUACCCCACUACAAUGUGCAGCCUAUGGAGGCUUUAUCAACUGUAUGGCAGUUCUAAUGGAGAACAUGGCAGACCCAAACUUACAGGACAAGGAGGGAAUGACAGCGCUCCACUGGUCGUGCAGUUCAGGCUACAUGGAUGCCUGUAAACUCCUCCUACAGUACUCUGCCUUCCCUAACCACAUGGAGUUCACAGAAGACAGGUUCACACCACUGGACUAUGCUCUGUUGGGAGGGCAUCAUGAAGUGGCACAGUACAUGAUAGAACAGGGAGCCCUGUCUAUUACAGGGAUACAGGACCUGGCAGCCACCAAACUACAGGCCAUGUAUCGAGGGUACAGAGUGAGGAAAACAUUCCUUGAGAGAAAAAAGCUAAUGCUGAAACAUGAACAGCUCAGGAAGGAUGCCUUAGCCAAAAAAAGGGCUGAAGAGGAAAGAAGACAAAAAGAGGAAGAAGAAGAACAGAAGGCACAGGAAGUGAAGACAGCGCCGGUUCUUGUGAAAGAACAGAAGGUGGAAAAGAGAGACAAGGAGCUGGAGACUAAAGACAUAGAACCUGUGAAGGUCAAGGCCACUAACACCAGACAGACAGUUGUCAGGAAGAGACAUGUGUCUUCUGACAGUAAACCCAGUCUGGAGGUUUGUCCAGAGGAGAUUCUACAGCAGAAGAGACAGGCAGUACAGCAGGAGAAGGAGAGGUUACAGCUCAUCCGACGUAAACAACAUGCCGCAACAGUUAUACAGGAGGCAUGGAAAAGGUAUAAAGCCAAACGACCAGGCUUGUUCAAGUACACCCUGCUGGCUGUGGGUGAGAGAAGAAAAGAAGCAGCAGAGGAUGAGUGGAAGAGAGAGGUGGCAGCACUCACUAUCCAGCUGGCCUGGAGAAAAUACUUCAGGAGAAAACUCUUGCGGUCGCUGUCCCCCAGACAGAGGAGAAUCCUCCAUCCAUGGAGCCCUGAAGUCCUGGCAGCCAAACAGAGAACACUGGUGGAACAGGUGUAUGGAGAGAACCAGAACAGACUGACUCCCCAGUGGUACCCCACACCACCCAAACCUCCCAGGCCUGAGUACAUGAAGUACAUUCCAUCUCCGGCUGCUGUUUCGUUUAACUACGCGGUGGACAUGUACAACCCGUGGGCCAGUCGGCGCGGGAUCAGCCGUAUGGAGUACGUCCCGCCUAACAGCACCCGGGUCGGCCGAGAGUUCUCCUUCCAACAGAGCGCCAGGAUGAGGGAAACACCCACUUACCCCACCAUGAACGGCACCAUGGAGGUACCUGCAGUACCGAAAUGUUCUGCUAGAUGUCACUAUUGCACUGUUCAUGGCUGCUUUAUGGCCGCACAACACAGAUAG